AUGGAGAUUGAUGCCUGUGCUCAGCUUGAGAGUUUAAUCCAGGAUAGUGUAAGAGGUGAAAUUGGAGGUGGCCAUAGGUCAGCAGUGCAGAAUCAAACAGCCACCAUACUGGAAAUUGGCAACAAUAUACUAACUCAAGCAGCAGAGCAAACAAGGAAGCUGACAGAUGUGGAGACCCAGGUUCUAAACCAGACAACUAGGUUGGAAAUCCAGUUGCUGGAAAAUUCUUUAUUCACUAACAAACUGGAGAAAGACAUGAUGUUGCAGACACAAGAAAUAAUCAAACUGCGUGAAAAAAAUAGCCUCCUUGAGCAUAAAGUCCUGGAAAUGGAGGAAAAACACAAAGAAGAGAUUGAAGAUCUUAGAUCUGAGAAGCUCCAGGUGGAUGAUGUACUCUCCAAGCAAAAUGGAUUGAUUGGGGAGUUGGGACAACAAUUUAGCGAAGCAACCCUGAACAACGGCAUGCUGCAGAGGCAGCAGGUGGCCAUUAUGGAGACUGUUGGGCAACUCAUCAAUAUGGUUUCGCAAUACAACCAUAUUCCAGUCAUACCCAAAGAGGAUCAGAUGACAUUUCGUGACUGUGCAGACGUUUAUAAGUCUGGCUUGACUACAAGUGGAGUAUAUACUUUGCACUUCUCGAACACAACCAGCACAGUGAAAGUACUGUGUGAAAUGGAUUUAAGUGGAGGAGGCUGGACUGUUAUCCAACAUCGUAAAGAUGGAUUUGUGGAUUUUCACCGUCUCUGGAAGGACUAUAAAGAGGGCUUUGGGUCCCCAUCUGGGGAGUACUGGCUUGGGAAUGAAUUUGUUCACCAGCUCACAACUCAUGGAUCAUAUGCUCUGUGGAUCCAGCUUCGAGACUGGGAUGGAAAUGAAGCUUACUCCUUGUAUGAUCAAUUUUCACUGGGCAAUGAGGAGCAGAAAUAUAGGCUGCAGGUGAGAGGAUACAGCGGGACGGCCGGAAGGACAAGCAGUUUUAGCCCCACAGGGACAGAGUUUAGCACCAAGGAUGUAGAUAAUGACAGGUGCAGCUGCAGAUGUGCACAAAUGGCAACAGGAGGAUGGUGGUUUGAUGCCUGUGGUCCUUCUAAUCUUAAUGGAAUCUAUUACCAAGGGGGGCACAGUACAGCAAAAUUUAAUGGAUUAAAAUGGCACUACUGGAAAGGACCCACUCAUGGCCUCAAAUCUGUGAGCAUGAUGAUCCGCCCUACAGACUUUUAAGAGUGUCAAACCUAAUUGGAGAAGCUUUUUAGUCAUUAUUGUGACUUUAGAAAAAAAAGAGGAGAUGAUUGGGAAUUCAUGUACCAAGAAAUGUGCUGAAGCCGUCUCUGACAAGCUAAAGUUGUUUGAAUGCUGAAACUCACUAGGUCACUAGCUCUUGCUUAGUAUGUAUGCUCAAUAUGCUCAAUAUUUAUGGGUGAAAAACAACUCAUUAUAUCAUCUUUCCUCACAAUUUAAGAUAAUCUAUUUUACCUAUUUCUCACACAUCUCUCAUAGGAAAAUGAAGAACAAUUCCACUCCAAGUACAUAGUGGAGAUUCGAUCAUCGCCCUGGACUUUCACAUUAUCAACACAAAUUAUUUCUUAGUCUAAAAUAUUCAGAUAAUACGAUAUUUAAGCUCCAGUUGCAAUAGACUGUGCUCUGUAUAGUAUAUGUAAUGUUUGUUUUGUAUAUUCAGUUGUAAUUCUACUUUAACUUUGGAUGAAGUGCUCAGAGCAACGUGGCAUCUGAAAAGCACAAAGGAUGCGAAGAAACUUGAAUUUACUUCCCCCUACACUCCACUCACUUAAAAUAUACACGUGUAGAAAUAAUGAAAUUCAUUUCAGAGUAGGACUGCAUUUCCUAGCUAUUAUAUGUCCAACAUAUACAUGAAAAAAAACAGAAAUUAUUUGAGUUUUGCCCAGAAAAGAACUUAGAGCACAAUGUGGAAAUGAAUGUUAUUUUCUGAAAUUGACAAGCAGUGAAUGAUAGCCCUGUUAUGUAAGAGGUUCUUCAGUUUUUCCUUGCUGCACUAGCCUUUGCAGCAAGGAAAUGAUGUGACAAUUUUAAAAGGCUAAGGGUUUACAUAUUUUAAGGUAGAGAAGAAACUUCUUGUGUCUAUAAGUUCUCUGUUUUGACUGGUUCAGUUUUGGUGAAGCUGCCUGAUGAAUCAAGAGGAUAGUGAUGUGUCCAGAAGAAUUUGGGUUUCAUGUCUAAUUUGGAAAGGACUUUUACUAUACAGCUUUUUAUGUCUGGAUGACAAGUCCAGGCACAUUUCAGGGGCUGUUGCAGCCUGAGGCAGCAGCCCCAAUGCCGCCCCUCCUCCUGCUCCGCUCUUCUAACCUCCAACUUUUUAAAAAAU